AUGGCUUCCGGCAAUGAUGAAAUGGAGAGGGGGGUGCUAGAGGAUGGCUAUGACUCAGAUGAAGAAGGCUCAAUGGAUCAAACUCUGGAGGCUGCUGAGGUGCCUGAAUGGACCGAGCAGCUAACACCUCGUGCUUUAAUCAUCAGCCUCAUUCUUGGUGUUAUGUUCAACUUCAUCAUCAUGAGGAUGAGCCUCACCAUCGGUAUCAUUCCCAGUCUCAAUAUCUCCGCCGGGCUUCUCGCCUUCUUCAUGCUCAAGUCUUGGUCACAAGCCUUUGAGAAACUCUGCUUCUCUCGCCCUUUCACCCGUCAGGAGAACACCAUCAUUCAGACAUGCGUCAUUGCCUGCGUUAGCGUUGUCCAGAGCGGUGGUUUCGGAAGCUACUUGUUUGCAAUGAGUAAUAAUGUGGCGGGCAAUUUCAGUGAGGCAAAUGAUGUGAAGAAUAUCCGAGUUCUAGGGAUAGGAUCAACUAUAGCUUUCAUGUUCUUGGUCAGCAUUGUAGGCUUGUUCAUUGUUGCUCCCAUUGCCAAGGUGAUGAUUGUUGGGCAAAAACUAUAUUAUCCUAGUGGGGUGGCUAUUGCUCAUCUUAUCAACAGUUUUCAGACCUCUCAGGGAGCCCUCAUUGCAAGAAAACAAGUGUGGGUUUUGUUCAAAUCCCUGGUGGGAAGCUUUCUCUGGGCAGGGUUCAAAUGGAUGUACUCUGCAGGUUCAUUCUGUGGCUUCAGCAACUUCCCAGUAUUCGGCAUGACCGCCUUCGACAACAAGUUUUACUUCGACUGCUCCGCAUCAAACAUAGGAAUGGGAAUGAUAUGCCCUAUUUCAAUCAACCUCUCAUUACUGUUAGGUGGUGUGAUCUCCCAUGCAUUCUUAUGGCCACACAUCAAGAGCAAAGAGGGCAAGUGGUUCCCCGCAGGUCUAGGACUCCAAGACGUGCAUGGUAUAUUCGGUUACAAGGUCUUCAUAUCUUUAGCAAUGGUUGUCGGAGACGGUCUCUUCCAUUUAGUCCAUGUGCUUAUCCGAACAUCACACAACUUAUACAACAAUAAAAGGCAAGAGAACUUCAUCUUGUCGGAAAGUAAAAAGUUGUCUGCAACAAACUCCAAUACAGACCUUCCGGUCGUUGAAGUAAGCCAAGAGGAACACCGCCGCACGACAGUCUUCCUCCAAGAUCACAUCCCGUCUCCAAUCGCCAUUGGUGGUUACAUAUUCUGCGCCAUUAUUUCCAUCAUCGGCAUCCCAUUCAUCUUCCACCAGCUCAAACCUUAUCAUGUCAUCACCGUUUACCUUAUCGCUCCAAUCUUUGCUUUCUGCAAUGCCUAUGGUGCCGGUCUCACUAACCUAUCACUCGGCCCCAGCUACGGCAAGCUCCUAAUCUUCAUCAUGGCAGGCUGGGUUGGUAUGAGCUCCGGAGGUGUCAUCGCUGCCUUAGCAUCCUCCGGCAUAAUAAUGCCGAUAGUAAACUACUCUUCUGAUCUCCUCCAAGACUACAAAACCGGUUACUUAACACUAUCGUCACCGAAAGCAAUGCUAGUCAGUCAGAUCUUUGGUUCGGCAUUAGGUUGUGUUUUGGGGCCGCUACUCUUCUCUUUUUUUCAACAAGACCCAACUCUCGGCGACGAAGAUUCCGAUUACCCGGUGCCUUACGCCAAGAUGUACAGAGCAUUAGCACUAGUUGGCAUGGAAGGCUUGCAUGCUCUGCCAGAUAACUGCCUCUCUUUAUGCAUCUUGUUCUUCUUCUUGGCUGUUAUUAUCAACGCUGCAAAGGAAUUGACCAAGAAAUUGAACUUAGAGUUGCAGCAUUAUGUGCCAAGUGUGACAGGGAUGGCUAUAACCUUUUAUUUGGGACCUUAUGUGCCCAUAAGUAUGUGCACAGGGAGCUUGGUGACAUACUUGUGGGGGAGUGUGAAUAAGGAGUAUGCUAGGACGUUCACGCCGGCGCUGGCGUCCGGGUUGAUGUGCGGAGAGUCACUUUGGUUGUUGCCAACUUUGUUGAUGGAUUUGAACCGAGUGCACUCGCCAAUGUGCAUGAAGUUUUUUUCAAGUGGAACUUAUGCGGUUAUGGUUUCGGACCCUAAGUAUGGGCUUCUUUAG